CACAGUAACUACACCUCUUCAUCCUCUUCUCUCUACAGACUCAGAGCCUCGUGGAGUGAAGACGUUCUGUCUGGACUUAUUGACACAGUGAACUAUUGAUCUCUACAGACUCAGUGUUCUCAGGAUGAUUGACAGGGAGAAGAUGAUCUGCAGCAUCCUGCUGCUCAUCACACUGACCUCCUGUGUCUCUGGAUCAUUUGUAGUGAAUGUGACACAGAGCUCCUAUCAGGCAGAGGAGAACCACAACAUCACACUGGAAUGGACGUUCUCACCCAGAACAGACGGUUCCACCAACUCCCUUAUUAUCCUCUGUAAGAUGUUAACUGAUCUCAGACCCUUCGCCCUGUUUCAUCUUCAUCAAGGUGUCGAGGUUCCAGAGUCUCAGGAUGAACGGUUUUCAGGACGAGUCCAGUUUGACAAAGACGUCCUCAGAGAAGGACGACUCAGACUCCACAUGUCCAGACUCAGGACUGAUGACUCGGGUCUUUACCUUUGUGAUGUGAAAACAGGUGUUGGUGUUGGUUCUAGGGAAUGUCACCUCAAUGUCACAGCAGCGAGCGAUCGGCCCAAACCUGAGACACCAAACACAACAAGAGGAGGAAGAGAUGCUUCACCGACAGGAAGUCCAUCAGAACCAGAGAGUUGGGGAUGGAUGGCUGUCUACUGUGUAAUAGGAGUGUUAGUAGUAAUAGAUCUGCUGGGAGUUUGUCAUAGUUUCCGUCAAUUUCUGCGUGAGGAAGAAGUUAAUUCUGCUGAAUAGUUUAAAGGAUAAUAUUGGAAGUCAUAUUUUAAUUGUUUAAUCUGUUAGGAAAGUCUGAAUGUGCAACAUAACCAUUAAUAUUUCUUCAUCAACUAAAUGUUUUAGUGGCGUGUUUUUCUCUGCAAGUUGCUUGAGUUGAAUAUCUUUUUAUUAAUAAUUGUUUUUAUACAACAAAUAUUGAGUUCAUUAUGUGAGUUAUG